AGCCUGGCUUAGGACUCAGGACACUGCAGUAGAAGUCGCAAGCCCUGUCUGCACACCACCACAGGAUGAUGUCCCGGACUCUGAGGCUGUUCCUGCUGGCUUUGGCCUGUACUGUGGACCUGAGCCAGGCCAGUGGCUUUACAGAAAAUGGCCUCUCCCUGCUGAGCUACCAGCUCUGCAGCUACCCGGUGACCCGAAGUGUCCAGAAGCUGCAGGCUGUGCAGACCUCUCACACAGCCUACGUGUACUGCGGAGGAUGGAUCCCCUGGAAAAAGUGCCCCAAGACUGUGUACCGGACCCAGUACCUGGCGAUGGAUGUCCCUGAGUCCAGGAAUGUGACUGACUGCUGUGCGGGCUUUGAGCAACUUGGCCUCUACUGCGUUCUGUCCCUGAACCGGUCCCGGGAGUUUGCAUCGAGGCCCGGGGUCUGCCCAACAGCUGAAGCAGAGCCACUUAGCCCUUCAUGCAGCUUGGAUACAGACUGCUCUGGACUUCAGAAGUGCUGUUCCUGGCCAGGGGGCCGUCACUGUGUGUCCCCCACUCCCACAGGUACAGAGAAGAGCAUGGUGAGCUGGUACAAUGUGACUGUGCUGGUGAAGAUGGGCUUUGAGGACCUGCAGCGAGAGGACCCUGGGCUCCGGAACCACACUCGCCUGCUCUACUCUUUGGUUACCAGUGCCUUGCAGCCUCUGAACCCAGCUGUACACUACCUGACCUCAACUGGUGGCAGGGACACAUUCACCACUGUGUCAUGGCUACUGGUGGGCUUUCCACGGCUCAUGACAGUAGCCAAUUUCUCCGUCAUGUUGGAUGGCAUGGUGAAUCGGGUCUAUGAGGUGGUCAGCAUCCAGGUGCAAGAUGUGAACGAGUGUCUUCACAGUGAGCUGCAAGCCUGCUCUGUAGGAGAGCAGUGCCGCAACCUGGAGGGCUCCUACCAAUGUGUGUCUUCCCAGCGGCUGAACCACACAGAUGAAGAUUGCCCUCCAAUCCGAGAUUUCAUGGCACUUAAUGUCACCAGCAGCAGUUUCCAUGUGUCCUGGAGUUUGAAUUCCACUCAGAACCACACUUUCCACGUUCAAGUGUACAAAGGCAAAGAGAUACUCAGAAGCGAUUGGAUAAGGGGCCACACUAUGGCUGUGUCUGAGUUGGAGGCUGGAGUACUUUACAGCGUGAGGACUAGCUACCUGGGGUGCCAGGCCAAUGUUUCUGCCACACUGGUUGUCAAGACAGAUGCCCAGGUUUUCCAAGUCACAAUACGGAUCAUGGACCGUAACCUGACAGAGCAGAUUCUUGACUGCAGCAGCGGGGAAUUCUGGAACUUUUCUCGACAGCUGUUUCAUGAGGUGGAAAACUCCUUCCCCCAAGCCAUCUCUGACCUGUACAGACAAGGGAGGCUGAGGAUGCAGAUCGUGUCUCUGCAGGCAGGGAGUCUAGUGGUGACGCUUAGACUCACCCUGCAAGAUCCUGACUUUUCAGUGGGUGUCCACACACUGAAGCCCAUGCUGCUCCCCCUGUCUGUGAGCAACGUGUUCCAGGUUGACCAGCAGAGGACAUUCGUGCAAGACUGGGAUGAGUGUGCACACAGCUCGGAGCAUGACUGCCACCCGAGCGCACGCUGCAUCAACCUGGAGGGCUCCUACACGUGCCAGUGCCUCACAGCCAGGGAUGCCAGCCCCUCCAGGGCUGGCAGGGUCUGCGAGGGUGACAUGGUGAUCCCCACAGGAGAUGGACUGUCUGUAACAACGAAGGUCACAGUCCCAGCUGUCAGUACGGGAAUAACAACCUUUGGCCCAGAGACCCUCACUGAGUCACUAAGUUCCAAGCACCCAAGGAGCACCCCAGCAAGAAGUCAAACCUGGACCUCAGUGCCCCCAUCAGUGAGAGAUGGGGGUAGCAUAGUCAGGCAGGAUAGGAAUAGCACAGGACAAGGUAUGGAGGCGCCCAACGUGACUCCAAACCUGGGCAUAACCCACAGAAAUACCAGUGGGGUGACAAGCUCUGUUCCCUGGGCUCCAGGACAGACCCAUGGAACCCAUCAGGGGACCACAGAUGCCCCACUGCACACCACUGGAGAGUCACAGGAAUUUAUCACCAAAGAUCCACCCUUCCUGACUGCUACAACCACGGGCUAUGUUGUGUGGCACUCCAGUCCCACUUGGAAGACACUUCCAAACUCCAUAAGACUACCAAAUGAAGACCCUCGAUCUUCCUCCUUCCCAGGCCCGCCAUCAGCCCCAACCGAUGUGACUCCAGAGUCCCCUGCCUGUGUUCCUGGACCCAUUGGAAAGGUCACGGUCUCUAACGUGACCAGUACCAGCUUCUCCCUCGAGUGGCCUGCAGACAUCCACCUCUCCCCUGCCUUCCACCUCACAUGGGUCUCUCCUCGGGGUCCUGCCAUGACUAUGGAGACCCAGAACAAUAAUGUGACAUUGUCGGGACUGGAAUGGGGAACCUUGUAUCUGGUGGAGAUUGUGGCUAAGGUGUGUGGGAAAGAAGGUGCCAGAACACAGCUGAAAGUGCGGACAGUGGCCCAGAAACUUGCCGGGAACGUCCAGAUCACGAGCAUGCAGUAUUCGGAAUCCUUCCGCAAUACCAGCAGCAGGGAGCACCGAGAGUUCGUAGAGUUGUUCUUCAGAACGGUGCGGGACUCUCUGCCAGCCACGCUGCGUCAGCACAUGGAUGCAGGCAGGAUCCGUGUGGACAUCACUAACAUCACAAAUGGCAGCAUCGUGGUGGAGUUUAAUUUGCUAAUGACAGCGGACCUUGAUGUCAGGGAGGUGUCUGCCGGCUUCCUCGAUGCCUUACAGAACACAUCGAUGCUGGAGGUGGUCAGAGGCAAAACUUUUAUGCAAGAUUACAACGAGUGUGACAUGAGAGAGGAUGACUGUGCCCCUGGGACAUGCAGGAACACCUUCGGGUCUUUUACAUGUAGCUGUGAUGGGGGAGGACCUGACUCACAGGUGGAAUAUUCUGGAAGGUCCUGUGAUGGUGACCCUUCUGGCAACACGACCCAGACCCCAGGCUCAGAGUGGUCUCCUACCCCAGCAGGAACUAGGGGUGUCCCUGUGCCAAUUGCCAGCUCCACAGCCCAGGACCUGCCCCUGCAGCUGAACCUGACGGAUGCCGUUAGCGUGUCCUGUGAGAUCGAGACGGUGCUCAUCACCGUCCAGAAGCGCUUUCUGCAGCAGGAGGCCAUACCUGAGGCCUCCCUGUACCUGGGAGAGCCAUCCUGCAACGUGAGCAGAAGCAACAGCACACACGUGUUUCUGGUGGCUGGCUGGGGCGAGUGUGGGACCAUCUUACAGAGUAAUGUGACCACCACAGUGGUGACGACCACACUGAGGAACGACCUGUCCCCAGAGGGUGUCAUCCACCACCUGCAAUUCCUCAGUCCUAUCCACUGUGCCUUCCAGAAUGACCUUCUGACCUCCUCGGGCUACACCCCACAGUGGGGGGUCUACACCGUCAUCGAAGACCUCCACGGUACUGGAAAUUUUGUCACAGAAAUGCAGUUGUACAUUGGCGAUUCUCCCAUACCUCAGAACUAUAGCGUGUCCGCCAGCGAUGAGAUCAAGAUUGAGGUGGGGCUUCACAGGCAGAAGAGCAGUCUGAAGGUCGUGCUGACUGAGUGCUGGGCCACCCCCUCCAGCAACGCCAAGGACCCCAUCACCUUUGGCUUCAUCAACAACAGCUGCCCUGUUCCCAACACCUACACCAGUGUGAUUCAGAAUGGCAACUCCAGCAAGGCCCAGUUCAAGCUGAGAAUCUUCUCCUUCAUCAACAACUCCAUCGUCUACCUGCACUGCAAGCUGAGAGUGUGCAUGGAGAACCCCAGGAACUCGUGCAGGAUAAGCUGCAAUGACUUCCGGUUGCUGAGAAGUAGUGAAGCCUUGCACCAGAUGACCUGGGGGCCCCUCCAUCGGACUGAAGGUGCACAGGCAUGUACAAAGCCAGUCCUGGGAACUGGUUACAUCAUUCUCCUAGCGGCAGCUGCACUUCUGGUAGUGGCAGGGGCCACAACCCUUCUGAUCUUGCGUUACCAGAGAGUAAGGCAGAAGUACAAUCUUCGGAUCCAGACCGACGACUUCAGCUACCAGGUGUUCUCUCAAUAGAAGACCCAACUGACCAGGAGAUGGAGCACCCUGUAAAUAACGCCCAGUGGCUAAUUCAUCGAACAUUGACGGGAGUCCAACUCUGUAUAGUGCCGUGCCAGCACUUGAGGAUGAGACCCUUCGAUGACAGCAAACCUCUGUCUGCCCCCAAGAUCCUGAAGACACAGAGUACCACCCAUCAGGCUGGUGAUGGGCCUGCCCUGGUGUGGGCAGAGCCCUAGAGUGGUCUUCAUCCUCAAACCCAGCACAAACAUGGCCCCACUUACCACAGCCUUCCAAGCUUUGACAUCCAAGCUGCUCCUGUGACUCCUGUUCUCUGACAAUGACAUCCUCACAGACAUUUCCCGUGAUGCUCGUUCACGAAUGGAUCCAUCCGAUAAACUCUCCAAGGGUGGCUUUCCAUGCACAAACACUAACUCAGCUCUCCUUAUCAGCAUGAGUCUCAUAGUUGCCUGGCAGUGACUCAGGACAACCUAGAUGAAACCGGAACGCUUUCUAACGAGUCGCAGUCAUAUGAUGUGUAUGUAACACUUCUUGCAUGUUUCCCAGCACAUCCAUGGACACUUUUCAUGUAAUUCCAUGAAGAUAAGGUGUGAUUUUUCCCCCCCACUCCAUCACAAGGAAUCAGGGAAGAGGUGGGGGAGGUGAGUACCAUGCUAACAGGUCCUCUACUUUGUUGAUUUGAAAGACCCGCAUUGGUUACAUAGUUAUCACCUGAGACAAUAGUGUUCUCCCUAGGGAAUAUAAAAGCAUAACAGGGUUGUAGCAUUUAAUUAAUGUGCUUGCUUAUGUUGAAUGUGACUGUCACUUACACAGAUCAUCUGGGGGAAACGAGUCUUUCGAUUUUUUGCAUAUUCUUGGGGGUAAGAAUGACAACCGGGAGUCUGUGUGGCUAGCCGCCUUUGAGCAAUAAAUUUUUCCUGGCACUGAA